AUGUCUUUGGGAUUUGCGAUUGAUCGCGGUGGAACUUUCACUGAUGUCAUUGUUUUCAAACCCGAUUCAGAUGUUCGAGUCUUGAAGGUUCUAUCGGUGGAUCCGGCAAACUAUUCGGAUGCUCCGACUGAAGCUAUUCGCCAGGCUUUGGAAGUUGAGACAGGGAAAUCGAUCGCAAGAGGAGUUCCUUUGCCAACAGGUACUGUAGGCUAUGGGAAAAUGUAUGCAUUUGUGCGUCGCUGUGUUGACACACAUAUUUUUUUAAAACUUUUUUUUUCAAAAAAACUUUUUGUCGGUUUUGAACCCGGAUUUUCAGCGUGAAAUCGUGGGAAUAUUUUAAUGUUUUAAUUUUGUUUUUGUCUUGUUGAGACGAAAAAUAAAAUUAAAUGCAUUUCCCAAUUUUUGCCAAAUACAUUCACAGGUGGAGGGAAUUUGGCCAAUUUUUGACCAAUUUUUGGCCAACUGUUGGUUGGCCAAACUCGUACCAACAAAAUUAACUUUCGUUGGCCAAUUUUUGGCCAAUUUCAAAAUUUUUUUUUCUUUCAAUUGCAAAUCACUAUAAUUUUUAAACGAUGUUCGAACCGAUGAAAAUUUAUUACCAAAUCAAAAAAGAACAGUUAGAAGAACUUGAUUAUUAUGGUAGACGCAUCUUGUCGACCAUCAUCCUUGGAUUUUCGGGGAAGUUGGGUGUCAGGUUCUGUCUUUUCGGGGACUCUUGUGUCUGGCGAGUAGAAGUUUCUUGGUGUGUACAUCUGCCGGUGAUUAACUUGAAGCCGUGACCCUUGGUGUCGAUAAUUCCAUCUUGAGAGGAGACGGUGUCGGAUAAAGUUUGCUUCUCAAGGUGCUCACGAGUCCAGUCGACCUUUUGGGCGACAGUUUCUCCGUUGAUCGAAUGAGUCUUCUUUUGACAACGGUUGACGACUUUCAUCUGAAAACAAAGAAACAUCAAAAUCCGACUUUCUCAUUUAAGAUAACAAACCUAAGUGUGGGCGGGCGAUGACACGGAUUGAUCAGAUGUCCUUCUUGGGCUUUUUGAAGUUGAAUUCUGAGUUUCUGCCCAUCUCCAUCUUACCAUUUUCUGAUGCACCUGGUGAAAACCUUCUUCUUCUUGGAGGAAGCUCUGAAAAGUCAUAUUAUGAUUCCAGAACAGUAGCAAAUUAAAACGUAGGAGAAAUUCAAGAGAAAUUAGGUCUAGGGCAUUUCAAUUUUCAGCUAUGAUAAGGAAUUUUCCAUUUAAACUCAUGAAAAAAUGUUGGUGUAAUUGAAUAAAACUGAAAAUAUCCUUAUUUUAUAUCAAACAUUGAAAAACUCGAAAUUUUUCAUUUUUUUGCCUAAAAUCAUGUUCAAUGUGUGAAUUUCCAAGUUCUAAUGAAAUUUGCUGCUUGAUCCUGGAUGGGGAACAUGUUUUGCAUAUUUCUCGCAGCUUCAAACACUUAAUUUUUCAACAAAACGAAGAACACACAAAAAAACGAAAAAAAAAGAAAAAAAUUUGAGGCGUGCAUUUCGUCCGAGAGAAGUACACACACAUUUCGCUGCAGGACCAUUUUAUUUAAAUGUCUGCGCCUUUAAUUUUUAACCGUUUAAAAUCAUUUUGGUGGAAAAUGGUGUACACCAUUCGACGCAGAAUUCCGAGCUGAACAAAAUGGUUAUAAAUUCGCCUUGUUUUUCAACCGAUUUUCAACUUUUCGGUUUCUAGGGAUUUUGACGUUUUAAUUUUGAUCUUGAGUCAGAAACAAUAUAGAGUUUGAUAGAGUUUUUGAUGCCGAGAAAGAUGCUGCUGGACAAUUCUGAUGAAAACCUCGACGUGCUAGGAAAUGAGCACGAAAUAGAGCACGGGUUUUAAAAACGUUUUUGGAAACCUAAAACUCAUGUUAGAAUGACUUUUUGAGCACCUCGGAGAGUCGGCUCGAAAAACCGAGAACAGGAAUUUUUUCAGAGUGUAAAACAAUCAAUAUGAUUGAUCCUUCAUUCAAAAAGGAUUGGGGUUCUUACACACUUCCCCCAUGAAUGUAAAACUGAAAUGAAAUCUUGAAAGACUGUCCGCACUGGUCCAUUUUUUGUCUAGAACAACAAAAAACAUCAAACAUUCGGUAUCAUCAACGAAAAAAUUAAAAAAUUUUAUGAUCAGAAUUUUCACCAAAUUUUGGCCAACCAUCUAGCAGUGUUUGGCCAAUUUUUGACCAAAUUUUGGCCAAAAAUUGGCCAAUUUCCGUGAUUGGCCAAAAAUUGGUCAAAAAUUGGCCAACUUCCCUCCACCUGUGUUGUUAUUUUUUCCAGAAAACAUCGCAUGGAUUCGAAUGGGCACCACUGUCGCCACCAACGCUUUACUCGAACGAAAAGGAGAAAGAGUUGGUCUUUUGGUGACCAAGGGAUUUAAAGAUUUGCUAUUCAUCGGAAAUCAAUCGCGUCCCAAGAUUUUUGAGUUCAAUAUUCAGAUUCCGGAAGUGCUAUAUGAGGAUGUUAUUGAAGUUUCGGAACGAAUUUUGAUACAUGAACAAGUAAAAUUGCUGGAUAAUUCGAAUACGCGAAUUGAAACUGCUACAAAUGGCUGUGAUGUUGUUGUUGAAACUUCGUUGGAUGAACAAGAAUUGAGGGAAAAAUUGCUUAUUCUCAAGGCGGCUGGAAUUCGCAGUGUGGCUGUUUUGUUUUUGCAUAGUUUCAUGUGAGUUUGUUUUUUUAUCAAAGUGGAAAAUAUAAUAUGCAAUUUUUUCAUGGCAAAAACAACGAACUUUUUAUGUUCCUUUUCCAGCUAUCCAAAUCAUGAACUCCAAGCCGGAAAAAUCGCCCAAUCGCUCGGUUUUCACCACGUUUCCCUUUCCCAUCAAGUUAUGCCAAUGAUAAAAGCAGUGCCACGUGGAUUCACAGUUUCAGCCGACGCUUAUUUAACCCCGAAAAUUAUUGAGUAUUUGGAUGGUUUUAAAGCCGGAUUUCAGGUCAGUUUUUUUGGGUGUACUAGAGAAAUGUUUUGAUAAUAAAAUAAUUAUAAAUUUUAGGAUUUAUCAAAAACCAGUGUGAACUUCAUGCAAUCGGAUGGCGGUCUAUGCAGAAUGGACAAGUUUUUCGGAUCUCGUGCUAUUCUUUCUGGACCAGCUGGUGGAGUUGUUGGAAUUGCCAGAACGGCAUAUGAUGAGAAAGAUGGUAGACCAGUUAUUGGAUUUGAUAUGGGUGGAACAUCGACUGAUGUAAGUUUAUUUGACGAUGUUAGAAAUUUAAUAAGGUUUUAGAUUUUGGGAAUGGGAAUUCCACGUUUUUUAGAUUUUCUAGGAGUCUAACCUGAAAUCUUGAGCUUGAGAUAAGCCAAAAGCAAAACGAUCCAAUUCUGAAAUUCUCUAACUCAAAAUAAUAUGUUUCCAUUUUUUUAGGUCUGUCGAUAUUCCGGAGUUCUCGAACACGUCAUGGAAACAACCACAGCCGGUGUCACCAUCCAAGCUCCUCAACUCGAUAUUCGUACAGUUGCCGCCGGCGGAGGCUCUCGUCUAUUUUUCCGAAAUGGUCUAUUUGUUGUCGGCCCCGAAUCUGCGAGCGCUCAUCCUGGUCCAGUUUGCUAUCGCAAGAAUGGAUAUUUAACAGUGACUGACGCGAAUUUGGUGCUCGGUCGAAUUUUGCCUGAAUAUUUUCCAAGAAUUUUUGGGCCGAAUGCUGAUAAAAUGUUGGAUCGAGAAGCGGCAUAUGAGGAAAUGUCGAAAUUGACUCGCGAGAUUAAUGCAUUUGUAGCUGGAGAUGAAAAUUCGGCCAAGAAGUUCUAUACACCCGAAGAGGUGAUUUUCUGGGGAUUUUUUUCGGAUAAAGUGGGAUGAGGCUAACGGGGUGCUCUUUUUUUUAAAGAUUUCAAAAAAAUAAGUGCAAAACCUAAACCCUCAUCUCUCAUAAUCAGUAUCAUACGUACCUAUCAUUAUCGAGACCAUCCUCAACACCUAAACCAAAGGUGUCUCAGGUUUCUUCCGAUAGGAAGGCUUCAGAUAAAUUUUUAUCUCAUCGGGCAGGCAUCGAACUCGCCACCUUUUCCACGGCAGCCGAAAGCUCUCCCUACUGAGCUAUUAGAACAUACGGCGCAGCUGUGUGAAAAGAUGUAGAGAAGAAAAGCGCUAGUUAGAGUGAAGAGGGUGCAGAGAAAUGUUCUUUUUUUUUUCAGGUGGCACUUGGAUUUAUCGCUGUUGCGAAUGAAGAGAUGUGUAGACCAAUUCGAACUUUAACGCAAUCUAGAGGAUUUGAUCCGAGUGUUCAUAGUUUGGCGAGUUUUGGCGGAGCUGGUGGACAACAUGCGUGUUCGGUGGCAAGGGUUUUAGGUGAGUUUUUUGAAUUUUGAAAUUUUGGAAACAUUUCCAGUCAAAUUUUUUACUGAAAAAUCCGGAAAAUUCCAAGUGGUUUUUUUUUCGAAAUUUUCUAAUUUUAAAACUUGACUAAACAUUCAGAACAAAUUUUGGAGAACAUUUUUUAAACUAAUUUUUUCAGCAAAAAAUCCAAAAAUUCCUCCCCAAUUUAAUGAAAAUUUUCCGAAUUUUAGGCAUCGAAAAAGUUCGAAUUCAUAAAUAUGCCUCACUUUUGAGUGCCUAUGGAAUUGCCUUAGCUGAUGUUGUUGAUGAAGUUCAGAAACCAUUCCAUAUUCCAUAUAUCCAGGAGAACUUUGAAAACAUUAGGCAACAAUUUUUGGAGAUGAAAAAUCAGGCUAAAUCUAGACUUAUGUCUCAAGGUUUUUCGGAGAAUUCAAUCGAUUUUAAUUAUUUUAUGCAUAUGAGAUAUGAAAAAACAGAUUCGGCUAUCAUGAUUUCGUCAGAUUUUGAAGAUCUUGCAAAAUUCGAAAAUGUUUUCCGGGAGACUUAUCGCAGAGAAUUUGGAUUUGUUUUAGAAGAUCGGACUAUUAUAAUUGAUGAUUUGAGAAUUCGUGCAGUUGCCAAAUCGAAUUGCCACGUGGAAAAAGUUAUUGAAAAGAAAUCUACAGAUUCUCCGCCGAAAGUCGCUCUCACAACUCAAGUUUAUUUUAAGGAGGGAAAAAUUAGUACAAAUGUAUAUUUGUUGAAUGAAAUGAAAGCUGGCGAAACAAUUGAUGGACCCGCGUUGCUUAUUGAUAAGAAUAGGUAUGUUUUGUAUUUUAGAAACAAACAUUUGCUGGCUGUUCUUACUGAAAAUGACUGAGGUUACUGUAGAUUUUGGCGGGAAAAUUGUUUUUGAAAAUUGAAAAACAUUUUCACAAUAAUUUUCUAAAAAAAUCACAAAUAUAAAAUGAGUACAUUUAAUACAAAAAAAAUUAAAUAAGUUUUUUUUUGAAAAAUUGAUGGAUGACUUCAUCCAUGGCAAACCUAGGAACCAUUCCUAAUUUAGCCACGAGUCAUUUUUCGAUAAAAAAAACUUGAAAUUUUCAAUGAAUUUGAUUGAAUUUUGAAUUUUUGCAGCACAAUCGUCAUUGAGCCAAAAAGCCACGUCAUAAUAACAAAUGAGGGAAACAUCGAAAUGACUGUCGAACGAAACAUCGAACAAGAUCUAUCCACUCAAGUCGACCCAAUUCGCCUCGCAAUUUUCAGCAAUCGAUUUAUGUCAAUUGCUGAACAAAUGGGAAGAGUUUUGCAAAGAACUGCGAUUUCGACAAAUAUUAAAGAGCGACUCGAUUUCUCAUGUGCUCUUUUUGCUCCGGAUGGUGGACUUAUUGCAAAUGCUCCACAUAUUCCAGUACAUUUAGGAGGAAUGCAAUAUACUGUGAAAUUCCAAAUUGAUCAUUUAGGCUUGGAGAAUAUUCGAGAUGGUGAUGUAUUCUUAGCGAAUCACCCAUUGGCUGGCGGAUGUCAUCUUCCUGAUUUCACAGUUAUCACCCCAGUCUUCUUCAAAACAUCCAAAACUCCCGUGUUUUUCAUUGCCAAUCGUGGACAUCAUGCUGAUAUUGGUGGAUUGGUGCCUGGAAGUAUGCCACCAAAUGCAACUCAUAUUAAUCAAGAAGGAGCUGCGUUUAUUUCUUUCAAAUUGGUGGAAAAUGGUGUAUUUCAAGAGAAGGCUCUUAUUGAGGCUCUGGAAGCUCCGGGAAAAGUGGCAGGCUGCUCUGGAGCUCGAAAUAUUCCGGAUAACUUGGCUGAUUUGAAUGCGCAAAUUGCUGCGAAUCGAAAAGGCAUUUCGUUGGUCACAAAUUUGAUUGAAGAAUAUUCAUUGGAUGUUGUGCACGCUUAUAUGAAUCAUAUUCAGAAUACAGCCGAACUAGCAGUUCGAGAAAUGUUGAAGAGAUUUGGAAAUUAUUCGAAGAUUUUGGAAGCUAGUGAUUUUAUGGAUGAUGGAACGGAGAUUAAGUUGAGGAUUGAAAUUGAUGAAAAAGAUGUGAGUUGGACUUUUUUCGGCAGGAAAAAGAAAAAAGCCAUUAGUUACUGUGGAUUUUAAUGAGAAAAAAGAACAAAAUAUAUAUUUGGAAAUCCAAAAAAAAUUAUGUAAAUGUUCACCUAAAAAUUCACAGUAACCCAGUGAAAACGCAAUUAUUUCCAGGGAAGCGCAAUUUUCGACUUUACUGGAACUGGUCCCGAAUCUUUGAGCUCUUGCAAUGCUCCCCGAGCUGUCACAAUGUCUGCAAUCACAUAUUGUCUUCGUUGUCUCGUCGCCAAAGAUAUCCCAUUGAAUAAUGGUUGUCUUGCACCAAUUACCAUAAUUAUUCCACCUGGAACUAUUCUGUCACCAUCUGAAACUGCACCAGUUGUCGCUGGAAAUGUACUGACUUCUCAAAGACUUUGUGAUGUUAUAUUCAGAGCUUUUGAUUGUGUGGCAGCCAGUCAAGGAUGUAUGAAUAAUUUGGUAUUCGGUGAUGAAAAGGUGGGAUAUUAUGAGACAAUUGCGGGUGGGGCGGGAGCAGGAGAAGGAUUUGAUGGAAGAAGUGGAGUGCAUACACAUAUGACGAAUACUCGUAUUACGGAUCCCGAGAUUUUGGAGAGCCGAUAUCCGGUUAUAUUGAGAGAGUGGAAAUUGCGAGAGAAAUCGGGAGGUGGUGGAAAAUGGAAAGGUGGAGAUGGAGUUAUUCGAAGUCUACAAUUCACUCGAAAUCUCACAAUGUCACUUUUGACCGAACGACGAGCUUUACAACCUUAUGGAUUGAAAGGCGGUGAAAAUGGCCAACGCGGUUUGAACACUUUGAAAAAAUCUGGAACUGGACGAGUUGUAAAUAUUGGAUCGAAAAUUAGUAUGGAAAUUGGGACGGGAGAUAUUUUGACUAUAAAUACUCCAGGAGGUGGAGGAUAUGGAAAAGUAUAA